CAAGUUCUUUGCUAUCCGUGCGAGCAAGACUCUGAUUUGAGCGGUCGAUUGACCCUUGUGCGUUCUUUUAGGACUCUGCCUGCCAGUAUUCAUGCUCUGAGGACUUCAGGUGUUCCCUGGUUGAUAUUGCAUUGUUCAUUGUUUCUAAACUCGGCUCGAAAAAAUUUCACAUGGCGGGCAAAAGAAAACGGGAAACCGUUUCCAACUCCAGCAAAUCCGGGAAGAACCAUGCUGCGUUGUCUAUGCCUACCACGAAUGGAGAUGUAAAGUCCUCCAAAGUCCCAAAAACUAAUGGACAUGUCGAUGUUAAGACGACCAGUCCGGUCAUUCAGAUCAUAGCAGGCUCAUACGAGCGAAUUCUGCACGGCAUCACCGCCUCGAUAUCAAAUCUAUCGGCGCCGGACUCAAGUCAAGCAGUCCAGUUCGCAGACACAUUCCUCUUCAACGCACACGCCUCUGCCGUACGAUGUCUGGCACUUUCACCACUGCCAGAACCAGGCUUGUCCGAUGCCCAAGGUGUCUAUCUCGCCACAGGUGGAUCCGAUGAGAAGAUCAAUGUGUAUAGUCUCGCAGCUUCACCGGUCUCGGAUAACGACAAGAUCCCUAUGCCCACGCUGGGGAACAAUACCAUCUCAGAAAACCCGAGGAAUAGGGAACUAGGCACCCUGCUACAGCAUUCGUCCAACAUCACAUCCCUCUACUUUCCAACAAGAUCGAAACUCCUUGCCGGGUCGGAAGACAAUAAUAUCUCUGUGACAAGGUUACGUGACCUCGAGGUGGUUUCGACGAUCAAAGCACCACGUCCAAAGGUCCAGGGUCAACCCAGCGGCGACACAGCACCUCCUGGGGCCACGCCAGCUGGCAUCAACGACUUUGCCGUUCAUCCCAGCAUGAAGCUAAUGGUGAGUGUCGGUCGAGGCGAGCGCUGCAUGCGGCUCUGGAACCUUGUCACCGGCAAGAAAGCAGGUGUCCUCAACUUCAGCCGCGAUAUCCUACAAAGCGUGAAAGAGGGCAAGUACAGCAGUGGCGAGGGCCGUCGGAUACGAUGGAGUCCUGAUGGGACCGAGUUUGCUGUAUCGUUUGAACGAGGAGUCGUUAUUUUCGGCGCAGACUCCAAACCAAGAUGCAAACUUCUGCCACAACCUCUGACGAAACUGCACCAAAUCUGCUACUUAACAUUGGCUGGUGCUGCCGGCGAAGAAGUGACACUACUCGCGGCCUCGACGGAGGACGGUCGGGUGUUAUUCUACGACACCAGCAAAAACACAUCCACGACAAAUGGAGAAAAGUCUAAUGACGACGCGAUACCAGCUGCAACUUGCUCUGCCUCAAUUGGUGGCAAGUCUGUAGGCAUCAGUGUCCGUAUCAAAGAUUUUGAGAUCAUUCUGCUACCUACCGCGUCUUCGGCGGCAAAAGACAUGAUUAUUGUUACAGCAAGCAGUGACGGCACAAUCCGCCUAUUACACAUUGAUACAUCCGACCUGAUCAACGCUACCCAAAGCCCUAAGCCCGCACAGCUAGGCAGAGUGAUCGGAACCUAUGCGACCAGCAGCAGGAUUACAUGUAUGAAGGCGUUUCUGAUGCAACCGCCAACGGACUUGGAGGAUGACUCCGGAGAUGAUGAAGAGGAAUUUGGGGGGUUUGACAGUUCGGACGAAGAGAGUUCAGGCGAUAGCAGUUGAAUAUCGAUAAUAAUGUAUAAGGAUACCAAGUGGUCUCGAUAUGAGAUCAAUACCUCUA